AUGCGGGCUGCUGGGGAGCGAGGGCCGCAGGCGGACUUGGGCCUCGCUCCGGAGGAUCGCAGCAAAAUCGUGUUCCUCGACGUGGAUGGCGUACUUCGACCGGCACGAGCAGGAACCUUUGACAUUUCCACGGAUGGCGAGGCGAAGCCCGACACUUCCGACUUUUUCCCUGCGGCGCUGAAGGCGCUUCGCCACAUUAUGGAGCGAAGUAGCGCCAAAGUUGUGUUGUGCGCUGAGUGGCGCCGCAGCGAGGUCCUCCUCAAAGCCUUGGAGGACAUCUUCAACAAGAACAGGCUUCGACUGUGGAGCGACAUCACGAGCCACGAGUUCAAGUUGGAGAAAGGCAGCGAUCCCCUUCGCAGUUUCGCUGAUCGGCGGUCCAAGGAGAUCAGCGCCUGGUUGCGCAAACACGAGGGCGAGGUCAGCGGCUGGGUCGUCCUGGACGAUAUUAACCUGUCCAUGGUGGACGAAUCUCAGGCUGGGUGA